UAAUUGUGUAGUUGCUGCUGUCACUUCAGUUCCCGUUUGUGUCCGUGUUAUGACCGCUUCCGGCCUCGGUACCUGAUUAUUGUUUCUAUUACGAUUUCUUUUAUUUUUGGGAUUUGCCCUCCAUUACCCAUGAUGCACAGAACUGUGGGCAAGUAGCUUCCAGCUACUGUUGGCAACCCCUCCCCCCAUCCUUGUCCAAGAUGGCGGUCCAGGAAUCAGCUGCUCAGCUCUCUAUGGCUCUGAAGGUUCAGGAAUACCCCACUCUGAAGGUUCCUUAUGAGACGCUCAACAAGCGCUUCCGAGCCGCCCAGAAGAACAUUGACCGGGAGACGAGCCACGUCACGAUGGUGGUGGCAGAGCUGGAGAAGACUCUGAGCAGCUGCCCCGCUGUGGACUCUGUUGUGAGCCUUCUCGAUGGUGUGGUUGAAAAGCUAAGCGUUCUCAAGAGAAAAGCCGUGGAGUCCAUCCAGGCGGAGGAUGAGAGCGCCAAACUGUGCAAGAGGCGAAUCGAGCAUUUAAAAGAGCACAGCAGCGAUCAGACGGCGGCCGCCAACAUGUGGAAAAAGAAGAGAAUGGAUCGCAUGAUGGUGGAGCACCUUCUACGCUGCGGCUACUACAACACUGCCGUGAAGCUGGCCCGGCAGAGCGGGAUCGAAGACCUAGUGAAUAUUGAAAUGUUCCUGACUGCUAAAGAAGUAGAGGAAUCUCUGGAAAGGCAAGAAACCAUGACGUGCUUAGCCUGGUGCCAUGACAAUAAGUCGAGGCUUAGGAAAAUGAAGAGCUGCUUGGAGUUCAGUUUGAGGAUUCAGGAGUUCAUUGAACUUAUUCGACAAAAUAAGAGGCUGGAUGCUGUCAGACAUGCAAGAAAACACUUUAGUCAAGCAGAGGGAAGCCAACUAGAUGAAGUUCGGCAAGUGAUGGGGAUGCUGGCCUUCCCAUCAGAUACUCACAUCUCUCCGUAUAAGGACCUUCUGGACCCAGCGCGAUGGAGGAUGCUGAUCCAGCAGUUUAGAUACGAUAACUAUAGGCUACAUCAGUUGGGAAACAACUCUGUAUUUACCAUAACACUUCAAGCAGGACUUUCUGCCAUUAAAACACCACAGUGCUACAAAGAGGACGGGACCUCCAAAAACCCAGACUGUCCAGUCUGCAGCAAGUCUCUGAACAAGCUGGCUCAGCCCCUUCCUAUGGCACAUUGUGCCAACUCCAGGCUGGUCUGCAAGAUUUCAGGAGACGUUAUGAAUGAGAACAAUCCACCUAUGAUGCUUCCUAAUGGAUAUGUAUAUGGGUACAAUUCUCUGCUUUCCAUUCGCCAAGAUGACAAAGUCAUUUGUCCAAGAACCAAAGAAGUCUUCAACUUCUCCCAAGCCGAGAAAGUCUACAUCAUGUAGAUCAGGAAAAAAACUCCUUGUGCCUCCAGAACCUGCUCAAAACAUAAUAUAUAUAAUAAAAAAUAAAAAAAACACGAGAGAGAGCUCGACAGAGAGCUGUAAAUACGCACAACGGGCAGCCUCGUGCAUCAGUGCUGUCCGGUGGUUGCAUUAAUUGUCUCUUGCGACCAAAGAUUAACAAGCAACAACGAUACACACACCACAAAAAAUGUCACGUAGAUAAAGUGCAAAAAGCAAAAUUUGUAAAAAAAAUACCAUUUUGAUUGUGAGUUUUGUAACAUAAGUCAAGACUGAGGCUUCUAAGCAGUUCUCAUGUUUAAGGAUUUAAAUUAGUUUAUUUUUUAACCCUUUACUGCCAUAAGGACAUGGAUUGUUCUGCAUGUCCGUCCAGUAGCAGGGCUCCGACGUUUUACUAGUUCAGCGUAUAGGUCUUUAGGAUCUCAUAUCAUUAGUGCCGCGGCCUUAUUUCUUGCUUUGAGAAUGUAUUCACGUGGAAAUAUUAAUACGUGUCGGGCGUUCGGCCCCCUGGAAUGGUUUCCCGGAGCUUUGCAUACAUUCUAAAAUCUAAACGUUGCACAUUACGAGCGCCGUGGUUCUGUUCCGGUAAUCCAACAACCACCACCCGCAAAAAUGAAUUUUACUCUUUAUAGUCUUUAGAAAUCCGUGCUGUAGCAGUUUGUAUUUAGUGCUUAUUUUUUGCAUGUUGGUGUUCAUUAGCUAAUAAAAGAUUAUAAAUUUAAAA